CGCCGGAAACAAACAUGUAAUUCGAGAACCAAACAUUCGGAUGUAAACAAAUCUGAAGAAAAUGGCAAGCUACUUACUACCGUGUUUAACAACUAAGCAUGAGGUUGAUAACGUGAUUCGCCACACAGAAGAAGUUGUCCUCGUGCUGAGAUUCGGUAGAGAUGAUGACCAUGUAUGUUUACAGCUGGAUAAUAUUCUUGCCAAGGCAGUUGAUGAUCUUGCAAAGAUGGCCAAGAUUUACGCUGUGAAUGUGGACCAUGUUCCUGUCUACACACGAUACUUUGACAUCACCCUUAUACCUGCUACAAUAUUCUUCUUCAAUGCUCAACAUAUGAAAGUAGAUUGGGGCACAGCAGACCACACAAAGUUCAUAGGAACCUUCAAAUGCAAGCAGGACUUUAUAGACGUGGUGGAGGUCAUCUUCCGAGGUGCAAUGAAGGGAAAGUUGAUGGUGCAAAGUCCACUGGAUCCAACAAGCCUUCAGAAAUAUGAACUUGUUUAUAAAGAGAUUUGAUUCUAUUUAAAGCCUCAAAUAUUGUAUAUGAUCCUCGCUCUGGGAAAAUGGUGUUUAAUGCAUUUAUUUAAAGUUUCUUCCUAAAUAAGCCUGUGCAGUGCGCACUGGCUGAUCAAAGGCAACACUUUCAGCUUUUAUAGAUAUUUUUAUCUCAACAAAAGUCCAAUGCAGAUGCAAAGUUUUGUCCCUGCUUAGCCCCUGCAGACUGCACAGACUAAUGUGGGACAACACUUUACACACAUGCAUUAAGCCCAGUUUUUCCAGAUCAAGGCUCAUUAUAGUUAUGCUCAUAGCUUUAGUUUCUGAACAAUGCCUAUGGGUUUCUAUAAUCAUGUAUAAGGUACCAAUUUUGUGGAUGGUUUGUGUAGCUAUUACAGUUGAUCACUGCUAUUUUGAGUCAUUGGAAAGGACCAAUUGAGCUUAGGUGUGAGUUUGAAAUGAAAACUUAUAAUCAGUUGUUUCAGUUUAAAUAGAAGUGAAUUCGAAAAAGGAUUUAAUGGUAGAAAGUCAAGUUAAAAGAAAAACAUCAAGACACACAAAAAGUUUAAAACAUUGAUAAAUUUUAAUUAGAAUGUUCAGUUCUGGAAUUGUGGUGUUUAAUUGAAGUGUUUUUUUCUCAUUGAGUAAAUUAUUGAGAAUAUUGUCAUAUGUGCAAUAUUGUUAUUGUAAAAAAAAGUGCAAGGAAAAUUUAACAGCAUGUUUGAAAGGUAUUUUUAUGCUCC